UCCAUUUUUGUGUGAUGGUUGUUCAGGAAUAUUUUGCCUUGAACACAGAAGCAAGGACUCUCAUGGUUGUUCUGAGAGAGUAGAACUUUAGGCAAUAAACUGGCCGCAGUCCUUGUCCCAGCUCUCAAGAGGCAGAAUAGAAAUGCUGCAAAUUCAGAGCCCCUGGGGUGUUACAAAGUGAAUGUAAUCAAGGAGAGACCAAAGACAGAUGAACACAAAUCUUACUCAUGCUCGUUCAAGGGCUGCACUGAAGUAGAGCUUGUGGCAGUGAUCUGUCCUUACUGUGAGAAGAACUUUUGCCUGAGACACCGUCAUCAGUCGGAUCACGACUGUGAAAAGCUGGAGGUCCCGAAGCCUCGAAUGGCUGCCACACAGAAACUGGUCAGAAACAUUGUUGAUGCCAAGACAGGAGGGGCAGCAAGUAAGGGACGGAAAGGCGCAAAAAGCAGCGGAACAGCAGCGAAGGUGGCGCUGAUGAAGCUAAAGAUGCACGCUGACGGGGACAAGUCCCUGCCGCAGACAGAAAGAACAUACUUCCAGGUAUACUUGCCAAAGGGGAGCAAAGAGAAAAGCAAAGCCAUGUUCUUCUGCCUGCGGUGGAGCAUCGGGAAGGUCGUGGACUUCGCAGCUUCUCUAGCUAAUCUCAAGAAUGAAAACAACAAGCUGACGGCGAAGAAGCUGAGGCUGUGUCACGUCCCUUCAGGAGAAGCCCUGCCAUUGGAACACACAUUGGAAAGGUGGAUCACGAAGGAGGACUGCCCUCUAUAUAAUGGGGGAAAUGUUAUCUUGGAAUAUCUUAACGAUGAAGAACAGUUUUUAAAAAAUGUUGACUCUUACUUGGAAUAGUCAUUCAAGGAUUCAAGCCAGCAGAAUCCUUAUAAGCAGAAAUCACUCUAAGUAGACAGACAGUUUUGUUUUGUUCUGUUUUUACUACAGAUACGUUUAAAAACUCUCAAAGUUGCUGUCUUAAAAUUUAUUUCCAUUAGGUCAUAAUUUACACCAGUAGUUUUCUACUAGGUUCCAUGUUUUGUUUUAAAGUUUAAUUAUGUGUUGAUAAUUAUUGGCAAAGUAUUUUUAUUAGCUGUUUCUGGUUUAGGCUGUAGAAAUAUCAGCAAAAGUGUCUUUCCUGGUAGACUAAUGCCAGCAUUGACUGGCUGCUGUGUCACGGCCUGUACUACCUUCACUCUGAGAUCCCGCUCACACAACGCCCACCUUUUUGUGAUUUUGCCAUUCUACGCCAGUGGAAGCCGCCGAUGGCAGACUCUUUGGUGGGGUCUUACAAGUGGUACUUACCGACAUUAUUUAAAGCAAGUCCUACGAUUAAGCCUAAUAUCAUCGGCCAGAAUGCAUAGCCUUACUGUACCUGAAUCAUGACGUAUGAAUCGCAGAUCCUUGCAGAUCCUCUCAUUCAGUCUUCCAGGCACUUGGAUACGACACCACAUACCUAAGAAGGGAAAGUUAUUUUCUUGGUAUCAUGUAAUUGCAUUGGAUAUAUUUCUGGUAAGGAAUUUUCUCCAGUAGGAUUCAUCUCUUUGUUGGUGUGAAUGUAUUACAGAUGAGAAGAGCAAUGGGAUAGACUGACUUUGUUACAGUCUCGCUUGCUGUACCAAAGUGAGACAGUUACUGCAUUUUAUCUAUAAUAAAAUCUUUAAUAUAUAUAAAGAUGAAAUAAGUCAUCUUGGGGAAUGCCUUCUGUCUACACCUUAGGAGAAUGAGUGUCUUCUGUCUACACUGGAUGAAGGCCUACAUACACUGUGGGAGGGAACCCGCACCCCCGCACCCCUUUCUGUACCAGUUUUUCACAGC